AUGGGGUACCGUGGGCAACUCAGAAAAGUCUCAGAUCUUCCCCGGGGAAGAUUGGAAAACUUGAGUAUGCAUGGUACUACAGUGUCAUCUUCAUCUAGAUUACUCGAUUCUCACUACUCGGUGCUCCUGUCCCCCUUUUCUGCACUUUACUCAACGCUGGAAAGUCUAGUGAACAAACUCAACCACCUCCAGCUGUUUCUUUCAAAAAAUGAACCUGACCUAUUGCUUGUUACGGAGACUUGGUUAACAUGUAAGAUCAAGAAUUCUGAAGUAUCAUCCCAUCUACCGUAUGAUGUAGUACGGUUGGAUAGGAAUGAUAAGAGAGGUGGUGGAGUUUGUUGUGUUAUCAAGAAUACACUUACCUCACGAAUCGUACGUCACGACAUUCGCUGCAAAGCUGAUGUACUGUGCGUUGAUAUACUACCCCAAUACGAACACUCCCUCUUCGAUUUGUUAUAG